AUGAGUGAAGAAUCGAUCGGCAACCCUGCUGCCAGCGAUGGCGGAACCACCCAUGCCGGCACGACAGAUUCUCGCAAUGGCGGAGGCAUUCCACAGCACACGUCCGCGAUGUCGGCUUUCUUAAGAGUGUUUUCUUACGGCACACCAACCAUUUAUCUUCUUCAAGCAAUUGCCGCCAUCGCGGCAUGCGGCUCUGGGGUCGCCCUCGCCAUGGUCAAUCUCGUCCUCGGAAACUUCAUCAGCCUGUUAAGCGGGUUCAGCUCGGGCAACGACAUCCCUGAUGACUUUAUGUCGCUGGUUUCCAAGCAAUCACUUUACUUUGUAUACAUAGGAAUCGCUCGCUUCGGUUGCAUCUACAUCUACUCGACAGCCAUGACAUAUGCUGCUCUACGACUGGGCCGCAAUCUGCGACGCGACUACAUGCGUUCCGCGCUUCGUCAGGAAAUCAGUUUCUUCGACUUCGGCAGCGUAGGAUCAAUAUCCAUGCAGGCUACCUCAAAUGGCCGAUUGAUUCAAUCUGCCACCUCGGAAAAGCUGGGGCAGAUGAUCCAGGCUAAUGCAACCUUUGUCGCGGCAUUCAUCAUUGCGUUCGUGAGCCAGUGGAAGCUCACACUCAUAUUGAUCUGCAUUGUGCCUGCUUUGAUCCUCAUGGUCGGGACUGCUGGUGGUAUCGACGCAGGCAUCGAGACAAGCAUUCUCAAGGUCUACGCUCAAGCCGGUGCCUUCGCCGAAUCAUCACUGGGAAACAUCCGGGCCAUCAAAGCCUUCAGUCUAAGUUCAAGGAUCGUUGAUCAGUACACCAAGUACCUGGACGAGGCCCGUACCUUGGGCCAAAAGAAGAAUGUUCUGUACGGCCUUCUCUUUGCCGGAGAGUACUUUGUCAUGUUUGCCGGCAUGGGUCUUGCCUUUUGGCAGGGCAUCACGAUGAUUGCUCGCGGAGAGGUUGACGAUAUUGGUACAGUUUUUACUGUGCUUUUCUCUGUCGUGAUUGCCGCAGCCAUGUUGAAUUCAGUUGCUCCCAACAUGGUGACUUUUACAAGAGCGGCGACAGCCGCCUCCGAAUUGUUCUCUCUUAUUGAUCGCAAAUCGAAUAUUGAUCCAUUUGAUCCUGCGGGACAUACCAUUGCUGAGGUUGACGGAUCGAUCAACAUCCGCGGACUGUCUUUCAGCUACCCAACUCGACCGGAUAUCACUGUGCUAGAUGAUUUCAGCCUCUACAUUCCCGCCGGAAAGGUUACGGCUCUCGUGGGAGCUAGUGGUUCAGGAAAAAGUACGAUCAUCGGACUGCUAGAAAGGUGGUAUAACCCCAGCAGCGGCGAGAUUACCCUCAACGACAGGCCUCUCUCAGCACUCAACCUGCAGUGGCUUCGUACAAAUAUGAGACUGGUUCAACAGGAACCUGUGCUCUUCAUUGGUACCGUGUUUGACAAUAUUUCCAACGGUCUCGUUGGCACUGCGUGGGAACACGAGACCCGAGACGAGCGACUGCGUAUUGCUAUUGCACGAAGUAUAAUCUCGCAACCCAAAAUCCUUCUGCUGGACGAAGCGACCAGCGCCCUGGACCCGCACGCCGAGGAAAUUGUUCAGAAAGCACUGGAUGAGGCGUCGAAAGACCGGACCACAAUCGUCAUCGCGCAAAAGCUCAAGACCAUUCAAGCUGCGGAUAACAUUGUAGUCAUGAAGCAAGGAAAGAUUGUCGAACAAGGCCAGCACCAAGACCUCGUUACCCUAGGCGGUGCAUACGCAACUCAUUCACUGGAUCGGCACGACACGCUUGCGCAUCAAAACUUGAUCUCGCUCAGCAAGCGAGAAGAUUAUGAGCUCGCCAAAACUUCUGGCAUCUUGUCUACAGCUGCGAAGCUUGUGAAGAGCACACCUGAUCUACGGUGGUGGUAUGUUCUUGCCCUGUUCACAAGCAUUUUAGGAGCUGGUGUGUACCCUGGCCAGGCCCUUUUGUUGGGCAAGGUCAUGGACGUGUUUUACCCUGAGCUGGACCAAAGUCGCGGCAACUUCUUUGCACUCAUGUUCUUCAUAAUGGCCAUCUGUCUUCUGUUUGUCUACAUGGCUAUGGGGUGGGUCAGCAAUCACAUUGCUCAGGCUUAUGGCCACGAUGUGCGCAAGCGAAUGUUUGCUGCCUACCUACGACAAGACUUGCGCUUCUUUGACCGCCCCGAGAAUACGAUAGGCGCCUUAACGAGCCGACUCGAUUCCGACGCGCAGUCUCUCUUCGAGCUCAUGGGCUUCAACGUUACUAUGAUUAUGCUUUCCGUUAUCACAGUUCUUAUUUGCUCAGUUCUUUCCAUCGUCGUGUCAUGGAAACUCGGUCUUGUUGGCGUUUUUGCUGGCAUUCCUCCCAUGAUUCUUGGUGGUUACAUUCGCAUCAGGGUCGAAACGAAGAUGGACGCCGAUAUUGAUGCCAAGUUUUCGAAAAGUGCAUCCAUCGCAUCCGAGAGUGUGACAGCUAUCCGCACGGUUUCAUCACUUGCCAUCGAAAAUGAUGUUCUACAACGCUAUACGGACGAGCUUGACACCGCCAUAUCUGAGGCCAAGCUUUCGCUCGUUUCCAUGAUGGUGUUCUUUGCCUUCACCCAAUCCGUCGAGUUCUUCAUCUUGGCCCUGGGCUUUUAG